AUGAGUUCCUCACCAGCCGUGGAGUCGUCUACACCAGCGCCGUCGUCACCAGCUGUCCGUCUCCCAGACUACCCUCACUUUCACACUUCGACUCCUAAUUAUUUGAAGAAGUCUCACCAGCCUCUUAACGUGGUAUUGUCCAGUUCGGCACCAGCGUCGCCACCAGUUUACGGGGAACCGACUUUGACGCCUCCGCCCCGAUCUCCGGGCGCUCCGCUUUCGACCCCCGCCUCUGGAGACAAUCGCGCCGGCCCUCCGGACGGGACUUCCUCGGAUAAGUCGUCAGAAACGGCCGUCGGCGUUUCGAGAAACGCAAGCACGGCUCUAUCCCGAAAGGAGAGUUACAAGGCGCAAAGGCAACACUACAGAAAAGAGAAGAAAAGAGCGGCCACCGCUCUUCUUCAUUCCAUCGAAGACCCAUCUGUUGUCGUCCUCGCUGAUUGGCUUAAGGUUCGUGGUUCACUUAAGUCAUGGACAAAGCUCUGGUGUGUUCUGAAACCUGGACUUCUGUUGCUCUACAAGAGUCCUAAGGCUAAAAGAAGUCACUGGGUCGGUACAGUACUUCUGACCUCGUGCCAAGUGAUCGAGAGGCCCAGCAAGAAGGACGGGUUUUGCUUCAAACUCUACCAUCCGCUGGAGCAGAGCAUCUGGGCUCCGAGGGGGCCGCACAACGAGACGAUAGGUGCAGUGGUUCAACCCCUGCCGACUGCGCACUUGAUAUUCCGCGCGCCGUCGCAAGCGGCUGGCCACUGCUGGCUCGAUGGGCUAGAACUCGCGCUGAGAUGUAGUAAUGCUAUGCUCAGAUGCUCCAGGUCAAGACCUGAACAGGCUGUAGAAGCGGACGCGCCUUCAACGCAGACGAACAUCUCGCACGAAGAAUUAGAGAAGCAUUUUAAUGAACACGUGUUCAAGCUAGACUCAUCCAUAUCGACACCGACGAAAUCCCUCCACAACUACCCGCAAAAACGUUCAAAUUCCACCGAUAACAUAAAGAUGAGGAGAUUGGAAGUGAAACAGAUGAGGCACAGAAGUCUCACAUCUAGCCCAAUGAAUUUAGACUUGCUAAAAAGGUCGUCCAUAUUAAAAUUCUUCGAGCCCAAACUCAAAAAUGACAAAAACGAUACAUUCAGACGCUGUUCGACGCCAUCUAUCAGGAAGUUUAGCGUUAAAAGACGCCUGCGCGAGAGUGGCAUUAAGACGGAUUCCGAGAACGAAUGGACAAAGAAGUUCGGAGACUCUGAGAUUAUUUGCGAUACGCCCGAAAACAUUAUAAUAACUAAGACGGCGCCGUCCGAUGAAAGGUUCAGAGAUACCACGACAUCUUCAUCAGAUGACGCGCCGACUAGCAACUGUAGUCGACGGACGACACCAUACAAAAAGUAUUCGUUAAUAGACUAUACUAAGCUUCCUUCGGCGAGUUACGAAGCGUCCCAAACAGAUAAGCGGGACGAUAGAAUAACUCAGGAGAGCGUUUAUGUUGCGGGGAAAAUCGUUACCACUGGGGCUUCCAAAUCUACAAGCCAAAAUAAGCCAACAGUGCAUCUUAAACAGCCAUAG